AUGGCAUCAACAGUGAUUAACUCUGAAAUAAUCGAAAAUAUUUCGUCGGAUAUUGAUCAGUUGACAGUGACAAAUGGUAUAAAAGUAACACAAUUUUCACGUCGUAUAGCAGAUCAAUCAAUUCUAUAUCAAAUUAUUCGUUAUCCUGAUCGAUGUCUUUUCAUUUGGAUUGGAACACCAUCAUGUGAUAUGUCAAAUUUGGCUAUGACAAUGCCAAUGAAUUUAUCAUCAACGAAUGAAUUACUUGGUACAACACUUUUUGGCACGGAUUUUUAUGAACAAUCAUUAUCAAUUAGUAAAAAACUUGCACGUCGUUUAGGUGGACAAAAACAAAUAUAUAUUAGUCUAAAUCUACCAAAUGAUUCUGAUAAUGAAAUGUUAUUAGGUGAAGUUGAACAAGCUCUUUUCGAACAUGUACGACAAAAUCAACAAGUUUAUUAA